AUGAUAAAAACAACAAACCUUACCAAAACAGUUUAUAAUUCUCAUCCAACUCAUUCCCAACCAAUUAAUUUAUUUACACCGUCAACAACAUCAUCAUCAGGAUCAACAUGUGAAACAGAUCCACCAUCAAUAAGCUCAUCUUAUAAGAGUAAUACUGGUAUUAAUGAUGAUAUAAAUCAUAUUCAAUAUGACGAAUCAAGUUUAUCAUUGAUAACUCUUGUUGAUAAACUUAAACGUGAAUUAGCAGCAGUUAAACAAGCUAAAAACCAGUUAGCAGCACUCUAUAAAGUAAAAUGUAAAUCUGAUCUUGAUAAAUCAGCUAAAAUUACAAAACUUCGUUUACAAUUUGAAUAUGAAUUAAAUACAUUUUGUAAACAAGAUCAAAAAGAUUUCGUAUGUUAUUUACAACGACAAUUACUUAUGCGUGAUCAACGUAUUACUGAACUAUCGUAUGAUAUUGAACAAUUAAAAAAUACAACAUUAAAUAAUAAUAAUGAUAAUGAAAAAAUAAAUAGAAAAACUCAACCAAUACAAAUUUUACGAAGCAAUGAUCCUGAUCUUGUUACUUCUACAAAUCGUCGAUUGUACGAUGAACAAGAACGAGGAUUACAAAGACAAAAUAUUGAAUUGAAUGAUCGUAUUAAAAGAUUUGAAAAACAAUUAGAUGUAUUGAAACAAAAUCAACCGAAAGAUCAUGAUAAAGAAUUGAUUAAACGAGCUUUAUCGAAACAAACAAUUGAAUAUAAUAAAUUAUUAACGAAAAAAGAUCAAGAAAUUGAACAAUUAAAUGAACGAAUUAAACAACUUUCAAAAUCAAGUCUUCUUGAAUCAGCAUUACGUCAAUCAAAUAUUGAAAAAUUACAUCUUGAAAAGCGUCUUUUAUCAUCAGUGUCAUCAUUAAAUUCUACGACAACAACUAAUGUCGGUGUAAGUUAUCUCGAUUUAACGGAAACGACUUUUCAAGCAUGCAAACCUAUCUUUAAGUCUUGGUUUUGUUUCGAUUUAUUUCCGUUUUAA